UUUUUUUUAGGCCUGUUCUAUAUCUGAUUUAUUUUUAUUAAGUAAAUGAAACUGUUUUUGUUGAUAAAUUGAUGUAAAUAUUUAUAUUAGUGUGUAGAAAGACAAAAGUAAUCAGAAUUAACUCAAUUAUCAGGGGAUAGGAUACACAAACUGUGACUUUUUGGGGGUAAUCUUUGCAGAUAGAUUAAGAACAAAUCAGAUUUUUGAACACAUUUACAUGUAAUGGGUCUAGUGGGUGUAUUACAAUAUAACAUUUUUAUUUGUUUUAUCCCUAAUAGUUUGUAUUUAACACUUUCAUAUUUUACCUAGCUAUCAUAUAUUCCCAGUUUUCAUAAAUUACCUAGCUUGUUUGCUUAGUUAUGCAUUGUAGUUUAAGUAGACAGUAGUUUACCUUUACUUUAACUUUGUUCAGCCCCUUAUUUAUUUAGAGAAUUCAAGCAUGAUCUGCAUUAUAUGUGUCGUUUUUUCCUCCCAUUUUCUAUCUGUACUCGUGUCUGCUAUAUUUUUGUUAAAUUUGAAGCAGGUAAAUGUUGUAAUCCGCACUUUUUUUGGGUUAUUCUUCCCCUAGAGGCAGUAUUACGUACGUCCCCAUGACGCACAGUUAGACACGGUUUACGUCAGGGCGUCACAGCGCGACGCCUCCCCCUCCUCCCCCCACAGUCUAGCUGGGAAGAAAAAAAAAACUUUUUUGUAUCGGAGGAAUCAACAGCCGCCAUCUUGACGCGGCUCAGAAUCGGGAUUUCGGGGGGAGCAUUAAUUUUAAAAACCGACCGGAGCCAUCCAGACCAGGCUCAAACGGCUUUUUUCGUGCAGAAAAUCGAAGCUUUAGUCCUUCCGAUGAGAAUUAAUGCCGACAUGUGAUGGAAACAUGGGUUUUUAUCGUCCGGAGAGCCCACUGUAUAUUUGAUUUCCCUUUUAGAGAGCGCCGCUUCUCGCCGUAUCUCCGUCCCGAGACGCUGUAUUUACCGGGAGACAGCGACGAGAAAAAAAAAUCGUCUCAUAGAAAAUAUUUUUUGAAUUUUGCUCUUUUUAUUUAAGCCCGAGAAAGAUUUUAUGGCAGCUCGUUUCGGCGGAGAAAAAAAUGAUUCUGUACAUACGUGAAACCGGCGAUCCACGAAGAAAGGGAAUAGCUUUCGGCUUGUGUAAUAUUUUAUGAUUGAUUUUAAUUUAUUUUUCUCGAACUGAAAUAAUUUUUGGACGUAAUUAUUAGGGAUAAUUAUGUGGGUGUUGGGUGUUGGAUUAUCAUGGGGUGAGCUUCGGUGGCGGAGCGUGGCGCUGUUGCCUUUUUUUUAGAGCCUUUAACACCAGGCAACAUUUCACCAGUCUGCCAGUCAAGGAAAAAAAAAACAGUUAAAUUGCUGCUUUGCUGGUAAGGAUAAGAAAAAGUGACCGGAUUAGACGAACCGGAGGCUGACAAGUUGGACCGACUCUGCUGUUAUUUUUCUGCAACAUCAUUCAUUCAUAAAAUUGUCGACGAGGAUGGCUGACAAUCUGCUGGAUGUCGGACCCCCAACUGCAAAGCGACCCAAGCUGAAUUCACCCCUCUCAGGAUCGGAUGGUACAGGUAAGCAAAGGGCAAGGUCUCACAAUUAAGACCUAAAGGUUUAAACUUGUAUUAACUUGCACACAGUGCAGCCUUAAUGCUUUCUGAGAUCUGUGCACAUACACCAUAUGAAAAGUAAACCCAGCGGCCACCUCAGUGGUGCUGUGCAAAUAUAUCAGUAAAACUGUACAUCAAGUCCCGGUAAGACUGUCUGACUGCAUCUGCAAUGUGGGGACAGGUGCACGCACAGAGUCACCUAUCAUGAAAAGCAUGCACCUGACUUAUAGUCUCAAGGGGUUAAAGGUGAAUUCACAUAUUAGGACUUAUCCAUUGUACCGCUGUACAGUUGGAGCAAAUGUUGACAGGAGGUAUGCAGGGGUCUGGGGAUGUCUCAUUUGGCUUUGUGUCAGGCUGACAUGAAAAUGUUGUGAGCCCAUAAAGUGAAACUGUGUGCGUGCAGAACAUGCUUCUUCUGUAUUCCUGAGGUUGGUUUGGAUCCUGUGUGUGACUCUCAGGGUCUUGACAGCACAAACACUUGUGACUGAUAGCAAGAUAAUUUCCAUUACCACUAGGUCAUCUUGCCACUGAAGGGUUCAACCCAUCUUUCAUUCAACAAAAUGCUUGAAAUGCAAAGGUUAUCUGAGAUUACAUGAGGUGGCAUACCAUUUGUAAAAACUUCCUCCAACUUUUCUGUUGAUGAGUUUCAUAACUUUGCAUCAGGAAUUUACAUAUUUGCUGUUUCUGCAAAAUAUGAAACUUUUUCAGACUUUUGCCCAACUUUUAAGGUUUCCUGUUUGUCUCACAAAGACAUAUUGGGUCUGGAAAGAUGUUAAUAGUGUGUGUAAUGUAAUGAAUACAUGCAGUUUGAGCCAGUUGUCUUCCCCCUAUCAUUUAUGUCAUCUGCUGUAAACUGAUCACAAUUUGGGAAACACAAACGUGCAGCUAUCAUUAAAAACACAGGGGCCAAAAUAUCAACAGUUAAAAAUAUUUAAAGAGCCAUUUGUAAUAAAUGCAAUAUGAUCACUUUUUAAGGCAGUAGAGCUGCAUUCACCCCUAAUAAUCUAAUACAAAUAUAGAAAUGUAUAGCACAAUCAUUACAGAAGCAAACUCUGGAUUUAAAAUGAGGGAUAAAUUACCUUGAGUGAGCAAAAAGGCCAAAAGUAUUUCAGAGAAGGUGUUGAAUUCAUGGCAUUGGACAAUCGGCUCAUCCCUGUGGUGGAAAAUGCAGGUUUUUGCAGUUGUUUGGAGCCUUUGGAUUUAUGGCUAGUCCUACCGUCUUGACGCGGUAUCACAGGCGUCGCCUCACCUGAGCUUUACCGCAAAGUUCACGACAACAUAGGAGGUGAUUUAAAACCUGAUGCGACCGCUCCAUCGUGAGAGAUAUCUGAAGCUUUGACAUCUGUCUUGUGUCUACUUUCAGGUUUGAGCUUGUAGUGUUGCAUGCACACCAGUUUUAUGGAUCUCAUACAGCUGGAAUAAGUUUUGUAAACAGAAAUAUUAAAAAAACUGUGCAAUUCUAUUCUGCAAAUACAAGCGUCAUAUCAGGGCUCGAUUAUAACCAAAAGUCAGUAUUAAAAAAUCAGAUCAGGAUUCAGACAUCUCUAACUUCUUGGGUUCAUGUUGUUGGCUUUAUGUGUUUGUGUGCAUCCUAUAGUCCAAAACCCCCAAACCGAAACAAAAGCACAAAUAGAGACCAAAUGGAAAAACUUGUUUUCAAGGCAGUUUUCCGUUUUAUUGAAUUAUCAACAAAACACAAUGCAUUUUCAAUUUUUUUGCAAAUAUGAUCCUCAACAGACAAACGUGUUCACUAAAUCUGUAGCAUCAUUUUCACUAUGUGCAAAAGCCAGAAGCUCAAUAGCAGUUUUCUUGCUGUGAAUUGACCAUAGUUUUGUAAGUCUGUGGGGGAAAAAAAAGCACAGGCCAUCUUCUUUCAGGGAAUUCAGUUUGGGAUUGCACCACUGCAGCCACCUUUAGCUCUGGUUUCCUUGGGAGUGUAUAAAGAAUGGCGCAGUUGCUUAAUUUUGAAUCAUAGUGGAGAUCGGAAACAUCUGUCUGCCCUUUGCAAACAGCUGAGAGAUUUUAAGUUUCUUUGUGCAGCCUGUCUCCUCUUCCGUGGGUGGCUGUAUUAUCUGGUGAGCUGACGGUCCUCGGGUCCUCAGCCAGGGGAGCUCAUUUUCUCAGAGGGGUGACAGGAGCUUUCGCUGGGCAAUAAAGAAGCCCGACACUGGGGCUCCUCCCCCACUGUUGCCAGAAGCACUCUCUGUCACAGUUGACACACACACACACAAACGCAUGUAUUUGGUAAGACUUUGCUCAGUGUCUCUUGUAGACCUGCUCUCUUUGAAGUCCUGCAUGCAGCUGAAGGUCUUAAGAACACUGAGGAGAUUUUAAGUGCCAGGCUGCAGAUGGGAGGAUAAGCCUUGUCUCUUUUUUCUUUACUUGAAAAAGUCCGGAUACUGAGAAAACUCAGAGGGAAAUCUGUAAGGAACCUGUAGCUUGCAGCCUUAAGGUCCUUACACACCGAGAAUGGCGCAAAUAUACGACGCGAAAUUACGAAAUAUUCAGAGGCGAAUUUUGAUGGGUUUCGGGUUCGGUAAAAAAUAUUGACGUCCGACAUAAUAGCACAAAAAAAAACGCUCCUGGUGUGAAAGGACCUUUACUCUUACACCUCCUUGCCGGUGCAGUCUGAAAUCUGCUCGUUUUCUUACAAUUUAAAGGGUACUCGGUGAAAGGUGUUCCGAAUUGGUAUGAAUAGCAAACAAUUUUAAGUGAAUAUAGUUAAUUUUCUCAUCGACGUAAGUAGAAAAUGUUGUCAUAUGAUGGUGCCCUUCCUUCUUUGCCACUUUCACCCCACUCUCCAACCAGGCCAUCACUCACGGCCACAGAUAAGCAUCUAUCUCUGAUGUUUAUGUUAAUGUGUGACAGUUUUUAUGGAGCUAUUGUCUCUUGUCACUCUGUGUUUGCACCUCAGGCCACUAGCUAGUGUCAGGCUUGUUUUCAUUUAUACGGCUAAGUGGGCGUGUCAGCACACUAGCUAAUAGAUGGGCAACAGCUCUUCCGUCCCUGAGCUCACUUGACAAGCUUUCUCUUUCUUUUUAGCUUGUGUGUAUGAUCAUCCACACCUGUGUGAGCAAUAUUCAGCUAUGGGAAAUUCAUGUGUAAAAGUUGCAAAAGCAUGGCAGGGCUUGAGAAUCCUGUUGCAGGAUCAGAGAAGGAUUUACACCGAUUACAGUAACAAACAAAGGGGAGUUCACUUGGCAUGGAUGAAUCAACCAGCCUACAUAGUAUCAGAAACAGGGAAAUUCACACCACCCAGCACCGUGGGUCCUCCACAGAGCAUCAGAAACGCUCACUCACUUGAAACCUACAUCCAUGUUGAGAGUUCAUGAGAACAAACACUUGAAAUCAACUAGAGAUGGAUUAACAAUCAUGUGUCCUGCUGCCCAAGGAUGCUGCAACUUUGAGAGCUCAACCAUAGCAGUACAUCACAAGACAUUUCUACCUUGUAGAGCGCCAUGUUUUUUUUGGUGUAUGCGUAAAUACUCCAAAGUCAAGAUGAGCGUUUAUGACUUUUUUUCCCCCUUGGUCCUUGCCCUGACUGGGCGCAGCCAUCUCGUCAUGAUUAGGGAUGUGGGGUGUUAAUUUUUACAGAUACUGAUACUGUUAUUGGGCCCCCCUUCACAAUUUAAUACAAGAACUUAAUUGAUCCCCAAAGGGAAAUUUGUUUGUCUUGAAUCUCAUCAUCUUGAGACUCGAUAUGCUCAACUGUUCUUGAUUUUCAGGUUUUGAAAAAGGCAGGACCGGGUAUUUAGGGUGUCCGGUUAUCAAUCCCCAUCUCUACUUCUAUUGCCUCAGCCUUAAAUAUCAAAAUAUUUGGAGAGAUACUAACCGAUUAAAAGUGAUCAGGAUUAUAUUUUAUGGCCAUAAUUCUCAGCCUUGUGGAAAAGACGCCUCGGACGUUUUGGGGUUGGUUGCAAACAAAUAUGGCAUCCAAAACAGUCAACGGCUCAUAUGUCCACGAAAUGCUCACAUCCUUCCAAACGUGGCUGUGGACUUGUUCAUUCAUGUCUCAGUAUCUGUCUGCAGGAGCUGAAUUAAAACAUUGUCUUCUGCCCUCAGAUUGCGCCGCCUUGCACUUUUUUUUUUCUUGCCAUUUUCUCCGAUUAGAUGUGGUUUCCAUAAACACUGAGCAGCAAAUGACUUCAGCCCCAGCUUUACAAGUGUAGCACGCCUCUAAUUUGCACAUCUUGAAGUCAUAACAGCUUCUCAUAUAAAGAUCUGUAUUAAAGGUUUGACAAACACACUGCCAUUCAAGUCGUCUCUUGAGUAAAAGCAGAAAAUAUAAGUCAAAGACCCUUUCAUACUAUGAGUGUGUUACAGCACCAUAACACAGGUUCUCCAUUAUCACGCCUUUGUGCCGUCAUAUUGAUCCUGCUCUGCUGUUUAACAUGCUUCACAUACAUCAGCUGAAGAAAAAUCUUAAUGAUGGUGAUUUUGAUAAAUACUGUGAUCAUGAUUAUUUAACACAAUUAAUUUAAUCAACAUCUGUAUCUCCAGAUUGGCAGCCCUUAAAUAUUCGGAACACUUUAAAAUAAACAUAUUGCGCCUGACUUGUCUUCUUCAGCCUGGAUGUCCGUCUAAUUGCGUUAAUACAGCAGUAAUAAUAUAACAAAAACAUUUGUAAUAGUGCUGAUAUGGACCAUUUUAUUCAUCAGUCCUUCAUUUUUAACAGCUUUGACCUAAUUUUGAUAACUGCGUUCAAGAGUUACACUUGUGGUGGAGUGUUUUAACACAGUGCUGUUGGAAAGUGAAGGAUCUGAGCUCUUUAUUCCACUCGUACGCCAUCACAGGCUGCACAUCUAACCAAUCAUUCAGACUUUUCAAGCCCUCCACUUGAAACCUCCGAGCUGUAGUCUCAUAUUUUAUUACGAUGAGGGUCACUCGCUGCUUGUUAAUGCUCGUGAAAGCUAAUGAUGGCCGCAGCCUCUCUCUCUCUCCUUGUGCUCACUCGGUCCCUCUGCUUUUCAGACACAGUAAAGGGAUAUUCCAGCGUAAAAUUAUUUUAGGGUCAAACACACCGUAACACUGAGUUAGACACCCCCUCGAGAGAUGAAUGUUGCUAACCACUCUAGUUAUAUCAACUUCAGUAACGGCCGCACAAUAGCAAUACACAGCGGUCUGAGGAGCCAUAAACAAACCUCAACCAAAACGCCACAAAUAAUGCUCAGAGCAGCACCUAACUUCAUCAACAGUACAUAAAGAGCCCCAGCCAUAGUACUAGCCACCAAACAUCUUUUUAGCUUUGCCUAAUUUCUUUAGCAAAGAGACUAAACACAACUCACCUACUCUCUUCCAGCAGCCGCUUGUUUGUAGCGAGACCUCAGGCCAGUCCGUUACGGACUGCUGCGGGAUGACGCAGCUCAAGGAAGAACAUUUAUGAUAAUUUCUUUAUCAUUUCCUUGAAGUAAUAAUGACCAUAUGAAUCAUUUUGCACUGCUGACACAGUAAUUCUUCCGCCUUAGCGUCUCGAUCUGAUUGCAUUUCCAUGAAGAAAUGCUUAUAAAUGUUCUUCUUUGAGCUGCGUCACCCCGCUGAAGUCUGUAAUGGACUGGCCCGAGGUCUCACUACAAACAAGCAGCUACUGGAAGAGAGUAGGUAUAAUAAAGUUAUAAUAUAAAUGUAUAAUCAAGUUGGUAUAACUAGAGAAGAAAGCUGUCGGCAACAUUCAUCUCUCGAGGGGGUGUCUAACUCAGUGUUACGGUGUGUUUGACCCUAAAUUAGUUUUACGCCGGAAUAUCCCUUUAACCUGCCUGUCCCUGCUCUCUUCUCUCCACCUGUGGCUGAGCAGAAUCUUUUUUACAAACUUUGUUAAACAAAUACUUAAGUAUUGUGCAGUCUUGACGUGAUGUAGACUAAUAUUGCUUGUUAUGUUUCCCAUAAGAAGAUAGAGAGUUCUCAUGCAAGGAUCCUUAACCACUUCUCUUUUGGGAUUAUGAAGGUCAGCAUUUUGCUUCGCCUGUCUCCUCAUUUUUAUGUUUAUGGCGAGGUAGAGAGAGUCUGAUUCACAGCCUGUUAUUACCUCUUAAAUUGAAGAGGCUGAUUGAAAAGUUUCACGUAGCCGCUGAAAAGCUGUGGGCGACUUUAUGAGUUGUAUCACCAGUGUCUUCUUCAGGUGAGAAUAGUAUGACUCAACUGUUGGGCGGAGGCUUCAAUUGUCAAUAAAUGAUGCAAUAACUUGGUACCAGAAAUGCUCGUACUCUUUUUUUAUUGAGAAAAAUCAUCACCAUGCUGAAUGCAUCUUUUCUCUUUGGGCUGCGUUUGGGUCCUCUGUUCUUCUCUUGGAUCAGCUGCUUGCUCCCUCACUGUCCAGGACUCUUUCGCUUUAAUGCCUCAGAUGCUCAGGCAAUCUAUUUGAAGCCUUUCACCCUAAUAUAAGCUUAAAGAGCUCAUAUAAACUCAUAUUAAGAACCACCGUAAAUCAAUGAUAGAAAGGUUACGCUGUUGUCUGUGAUCCAGAUAUCCUGGGACGUCGAGCUGAGCAUGUGCAGGGGUGUGGCUGUUGUGAUUACACACAGAGGCGCGCUUGCACCUGCACGUGAAGAACCUUGUCGUGGAUGUGUGACUUGGACUGUGACCUUCAUAAAUGUUUUAUUACUUUUCUGUAUCUGUGGAGUAAUCUUGUUUACUUUUUCUGCACAGCUCUGAGUGACAGAAUUAGAGCCCUUCUUCAGGUGAUGGUUGUGUUUCAGCAGUCUUCGGUCAUAUGAAGGAAAACAGUCCCAUGUGCAGGGUAAAAAUGGCAGCUGUCACAGAUCAGCCAGAUCAUAUUCAUGUUUGCUCUAAAUCGUAGAAUUUUCACAAUGACAAAGUCACAAAGUAACAUAACUGAUGAUAUUGUAAAGCUACAGAACUUACAGAGGCUUAGAAGUUGUUGCACACGCUAAAUAUCAACACGCAGAGCAGGCUCACAAAGAUGAUCUUCACAGGUAUACUGUCACGUAGAGCGAGGCUCAAACUACCAAAGUUGAAUUACUGCAAACAGAGAAAUAUUUCAGACUCACAGCCUCCAGUUACCUGCCUACUUGUUCAAGCAUGUCCACAUGGUCAGGUCAAAUGGUACUGGAGCUGCUGGUGCACAAAGAGACCGAUGUGCCAGCUUUGAGAGUGUGGGAAAUCUCUCUGUGUGCUGCAACAAGUUCUCAGCCUUUGUGCCCAUUUGGUGGCAUGUGGCUGUUGUGUAUUGCUCCUUAAUGAAAAAAAAAGCCAUUGCAGAGGGUUUAACACAUGUUUUAACUUUAACAUGAUAGCUGAGUGUAAUAUGAGACCGCAAGUUUAUCUCUGAGACCUGAGGGAAAUCAAGAAAAGUUGUUAACAAUCCUGAGCUGAUGACGGUCUUUUCUGCUGCUCUGCGCCGUUAUCGACCGUGUUCCUCUGAUUACUUGUAGGUCUAUCCAGUCACUAUUAGAGGCACCUCCACUCAGGACUCUUACUGAUCAGAUCAUGAAUCAUCCAAACCAUGAAUGAUUCCAAAUCCCCUCCCCCAAAAAAACACAAAAAUCAGUGAGGAGUUGUUUUCAGAGCAAGCCCAUGUUUUCUGUGUUGAUGUUGAAGGGGGAACAUUAAUGGGAUUGUUGGAAAAGACAAAAACUAAAACAAUAGAUUGUGAGCCAGUGUAGUUGAAACCUGUCACUUGAUGCAAAGUAGUAGUAGUGUGAACCGCUCAGCCAAACCAUUGUGGUGUUCUGGUCAUGCAUGGAGUCCCCAGUCAUGCAAAGAGGCAGUGUUGUGCAUUGUGUUUCAGGAUGUCCCAAUACAACUUUUUAACUCCCAAUACAAUACCGAUACUGUAGCCUUCAGUAUUGGCUGUUACCAGUAUUGAUCCAAGUUUUGCACUCAGCUGAAACGUCUUUUUCGGACUUAAACGUAAAAUACUGCACCACGGCCAACAUCACUCCUACUCUUUGCUACCUUGUCGGUCCCUUAGUACACACUGUUGUUGUAAUUACAUGAGCAUUACAUGAUGGACCUGGGUGCUGCUAGAUAGAGGUGCUAGAGCGGAGUCUGGAAUGGACUGCUGAUAUCGGAGAUUUUUGAUGCAGGCUGAUAUAAUUCGAUAUUUGUUUUUUUGCUGAUAUCGGAGCGAUAUCAAUAUCGUAUCAUUCCUAAUUGUGUUCACUCUUUCUAGUAUAGCCCCAGCUUGUUUGGAGCGAUAGCUGAGGUUAAGAAUACACAAAAGGAUAUUAAGUGCGCCUUACAAUGCGAAAAAUACCGUAUUCAAACACUUGUACGGUUAACCUGCAAAACAACUUGGUGGCGUUUGUGUCUCCCUAAUUGUGGCCGCAGAAUUAUUCAAACUGUUACUCAGAUCUCUUUAUGGCCGAGUGCGACAUCAGAAUUGCAGAAGCUGGAUUUUUAACACGGGUCAAAAGUGCAUCAAGACCGCAUUAUAGUGAAAUAACGUGCCGUUACAGAGAUGCAUGCAUGCAAAAUAUGUAUGUCCCAGACCCUAACAACAGUCAAACCAUCCUGGCUCAGAUCUGUGUUGAAUGUUUAUAUGAGAUUAUUUUCGUACGUGAAAAGUCACAUGAUAAGUAAAAAAACUUUAAACUCUUCCUUUCAGUCUUUUUAAUGUUUAAAGGAGCGAUGUUUGCUUAAUUCAUACUUCUUCUUCUGUCUUUCUCAGAUCUCGUGUCCCUGUUUGACCUGGAAAAUGACCUCCCAGAUGAGCUCAUUCCCAAUGGAGACUUGGGAAUGGGAAUGUCCUCCAACGGCGGUCCAGGUGGAGGCGGUCCUGGUCUUAACUCUCUUGUUCCCGAUGCAGCUGCAAAACACAAGCAGCUGUCCGAGCUUUUGCGUCCAGGAAGUUCCUCCAUCUUGGGGGGUGGUCUCAAUUCUGCCAACUCUCAACAAGGAGGCAUGGUGGGAAGCCAACUUGGUACUGUACUUGGUAAAAGCCCGCUGGGGCCAGGUGCUACCAAUCACCAGUCUCCCCAGGCCCAGAAAGGAGGUGCAGCAGCUGGUCAGGGAAAUGGAAACAUGGGCUUCAACCAGGCGCUGAUGAAUAGCGGGCAAGGCCACGGAGUCAUGGGCCAGACGGGACAAGUAAUGAACGGGACUCUGGGACCGGCAGGCCGCGGUAGACCUGGGCCUGGCAUGCAGUACCAGAGUCAAGGCAUGCAGGGGGCUGGACCUGGAGUUGGAGGGAGUGUGCUGGCAGAGACACUUACACAAGGAGGGCCACAGCUGGGUGCACACAAUGUGAUGAAUGCUCAGCAAGCUGGAAACAUGAAUAAGGUGAGAGUCCAAAUUCGUCAAAACUGGACACACACGUCAUUUUCUGAAUACAGUGAAAAACAGACAGUACAGUUGGGUUAUUUCACAUUUACAACACUGUUGACGAAAGCAGCUCAGACAAACAGUCGUAAUGACCUCGUGCUAAUUCAGGGCUAGAUUGCGACCGUUUCACUCGCAUUUGUGACUAAAUAUAGACUUGUGCGAAUUGUAAAAUGUAUUUAGGGGCAGUUGUGCGCGUAAAAACAAUCAGCCGAGUCAACAAAUGUUUUUUCAUGUAAAUACGGCGGUGAAGUUAGUUUUAGGUUGGAUAUCUGAUGGACAUUCACUGCGGAUCUGCCGGUGUCUUCUCACUCUCCAUAACCGGGAAUAACAACAGCAGCGCGGUUAAAUCUACUCGACAUCCUCGCUGUCAACGUCGGGUGUUAAAUAAGGGACCGUCAAUAAAUUACCUGUUGAUGUUCUCAGAAAAAGGCUGUUUUCCUUCAAUAGCUUCCAUUUCACAUGACCAAAAGACCUAAAAUUGAUUUCAAAUGAUAGUACUAAAGUUGGACAUUAAGACACACCUCUCCACUUCCCUAAUUUGUCCUCUAAAAUAUUUAGUGUUAAAUUUAAAGGCAAAUUUUGAACAUUUUCUUCAAUAGCUUCCAUGUCAUGAGACAAAAAGACCUAAAAAUUGAUUUCAAAUAAUAGUACUUAUGUCGACCAAUAAGACACAAAUUAUUUGAUCAAUUUUCAUCGUGUACCUAAAGUUCUUAAUGAGCUCCUUACUGUGAUCCUUCAGGCAGAAUUAAAUUAAGGUGUAGAAAUGAAUCCAUAAUUCUUCUUCACACAUCGAGUGAAACAGGGUAGUUUUAGGUCGUGGUUGAGCUAACUCUUGAGCUGUUUUGCUUUACAUUCAACAAAUUAUGUCUCAAUAUGUGGUUAGGAUUGGGGUCAAGAAAAACUCCAUUCUUGACAGGUUAAACUCGCUUACCGCCAAGAGACGUCAGCCCUCGCCAGAUUAGUCAUACCGUUAACCAAGGCUUCAUGCAGAAAAACCCAGAAGUAACCCCAGCUGAGGUAUUCAUACAUAUGUGGCCCCUUGAUGCUCGAUCUUUCAUUCACAGUGAGACAGAAUUAGUAGAGACGUGAUAGGGGAAUGAGAGCUGCUUUUAGACGGACUGAAGUAGGGCUUUUGUUGCUGCUGGUGAUGUGUUUUUGCAAAAAUAUGAUCAAGGAUAAAAUCGAGUAUUCUGGUUCUGUGGUAUUUUUUUGAGGCUCGAACCAUUUUGUACAAAUAGGAUGUUUGUCUCAGACGUCAUUCAUGACAGGUUUUCACAUUGAGCUUUAAAACCUUUUUACUAGUGGUGUAAAAUUAAACUAAUUCAUACCAAACAGUUUCAAUGGGGCUGCAUGCUGAUCCAAAUAUGUCCAGAACUAAAGGUUAUUCAAAUCCAAGGUCCUCCUAAGAUCUGGUGGAGAGUGCACUCAUGAACUGAGCGUAGAUCGUGUCAUCUCUUGGAACACAAUGAAGUAAACUGUAGUAAAAGUAUGGCGUUCUGUGUGUGCUUAUGUGUGCACAUUAGGGAUGCACGAUAUUUAUCGGACCGAUAAAAUAUCGGCCGAUUUGGGGGAAAAUUACGUCAUUUUUUAUCGGUCCGAUAGGUGCAUUUUUCCGAUAGAAAGAGCCGAUAUAUUAAUGAAAUUACGAGUAACGUUUGCAGGCGGAGUAGCCGCCCGUCGCGCCUUACUCGCAGGUCCCAAGCCUGACCCCUGUCACUACCUGACUGAUAAUAAAAUGUCUUCACCAGCACGGUCGUUUUUCUCAGUGGCAGAAGAUGACAACAGCUGCUAUAUGCAAAACCUGUUCAGCGAGGAUUCCGAGAGGCGGAAUGAAGACGUCAAGUUUUAACACAACGAAUCUGAUAGCUCAUCUGAAAAGUCGCCAUCGCGGCGAAGCGGUAUUAAAAGAAUAUGAGACAGCCGCCGAAGCUGCUAGCGGUACUAAAGCUAAGACAACAACACUACGGAGGAUCGAUGUCCCCAUUCGGCAGGCGUUUGAAAACUGCAAAAGCUUCUCAAGAGACAGCGAAAAGGCUAAAGCCAUUAACGACGAAGUGAUGGAGUUCAUAGCAGUCGACGACCAGCCUUUUUCCGUCGUUGAGAACCCGGGUUUUCGUAAGUUCAUAGCACACUUGGAGCCACGUUACACUCUCCCAAGACGCCGCUUCUCCUCGGAUGUGUCCCUUCCUGCACUCUAUGAUAUUGUCGCCACAUACAUUCACAACCUGAUCGACAAGAACGGACUACUCGUGAGUUUUACCACAGAUAUAUGGACGUCAGAUGUUAGUCCGGUCAGCAUGCUAAUCCUAACGUCUCAUAAUAGCUCCUUUACAGUCUACAGUUCUGUUGAACAGUUCAGGGGAUGCACUGUUUUGGUCAAAUGAAGUUCUGCUUUUUGCUCUGUUAUUGUUAUUUAUAGCUAAUGACCACAUAUUUUUGUGAUGACAUGGAAAAAAUAAACAUUUGAAGAGCCAAAAACUUUAGUUUGUUGUUCUAGAUAGGCCAGAGCAACAAAAAUAUCAGUUUUCAAUCACUGCAUCCUGCACAAAUUGCAGAUUAUAUGAAGAUUAUAAUAAAUGUAAAAAUAUGAAUUUAUCGGUUAUCGGUAUCGGCCAUGAGAAGAAGAAAAUUAUCGGUUAUCGGUAUCGGUUGAAAUUUUUCAUAUCGUGCAUAACUAGUGCACAUGCUUGUUUGUGCAUCAGUAUGUCCCUGUAAAGCUCUGACAUGCAGACAGCAGGAGACCCCAAACGCAGUGAAACUCUGCUUAGUUCUUUUUUAACACUAUAUCCGUCACUUCUGCUGCUUUAACUGCUCUAUUCUGGUAUGAAUCGACCUCUCAAAUUCACCUGUCGAUCAGAGAAUCUUCCUUUGGUGGACUGUUACACUCAGACUUUUUGCUGUUCAAGCUUGAAAAAUAUUGAAUAGGGAAAAAAAAAAGCCUGAUUCCUCUCUGUGUUUUGGUGCUUCUGCUGAUGCCUUUUUUUCCUCCUUUUCUUUCUGCUUUCUUUUUCAACUCUUUAGUCUUUAUUUACAGCCUUGACUCAACUAUUUCCCUUUUCUUCCGUCUUCCUCUUUCUCCCUUCAGCGUACGCCCCGUCUCUCGGGGCUUUUGCCCUUCGCUAAUUGAGCCGUAAAUCAUAUUUUGAAAAGCAGGCUUACGCGUUGCUGUCAGGUUAGGGGAAGCGGGGAAGAACAGAAGAUGACGUGGUGAGACGAGGAGAGGCUUUCGGUGCUGCUGCGCUGUCUGGUGACUCUCCUCUGCUUUAAGCGCCGCUCGAGAGAGAGAGAGAGAGAGAGAGAGAGAGAGAGAGAGCGCGGUGUGUGAGGGGAGGAUGAGGCAGGGCUUGUGUGUGAAUGGGAGGGAGGCAGGCAAGCAUCUGAGUGUUUCUUUGCAGGGGGGAGGGGGCAAGCAGCAGCAGUGCUCUGCUCAGCUGUUGAGCAAGCUGGUCUUCCUCUGCGUAUGCCUCUCCCCUCCAGUUUCUCUCUCUCUCUCUUCUCUCUGUCUUUUCUCUCUCUCUCUCUCUCUCUCUCGCUGCUGGGCUGGGCUUGCUCUGUCUGCUUGAGCUCUGCCGGCAGUGGGGAACCUCCGCGGAGGAAAACAGGCUGCUGCUUUGGCCGCUGUGGUGAGAGGCAAGGAAAGUAAGCUGAUGAAUACAUGCUGAGAGUUUUUGCAAAGGCAGGAAUGGAGAACUUUUACGGACCAACAAGGAAGCGAACUCUCUUCCUGCUUAUUUUUGUUGUUUCUUUUAGUUAACAUUUUCACUUCAGGGUAUUUUGGUGUUUGCUGUUUUUAUACCUUUGAGUUUUUGGCUGAGGUACCUGACUUUGUUUCUUCGUUGUGUUUAUUUUGAGUCAUGUAUGCUGAAGCCCACACUGAUCCCAUGUAGUUGUUUGUGAAAAUGGUUCGGUUCCUUAUGCACUCAUAUCAAACUCACUCUGAUGAGAGGUUAAAAAAUCGCUCCCUUUGCUGCCAUGCUUCAUGACAUGCCGGUGUUCUUACCGCCCUCCGCCUCCGUCCUCAUUGUCUGUUCUAGAUGGGGAUGUCAGGAGCUCCAUUUGGCCAGCAGUAUGGUCAGGCUGGGGUUCAGCAGAUGGGGGCAGCAGGGGUCAACACGCAACAACUCCAGAACAAAACAGCCCUUCCCAACAACCUGCCCCAAUUCCCCGGUGAGCUGAAAGGAGCUGGGAGUGUGCCAAACAUGGUGAGUGUCACUCAGGUCUUAAUGAAGCCAACAUCUGUUCUACGGAGGAACAGAAUUUACAUACACGAUGUUCAUAAAUGAAUUCAGGGAGAUGAAAUGUAGAAGAAGUGGACCUCCGUUUCUGGGCUUUCCUUUUACACAAGCAUGCAUGUGAGUUUUUCUUUUAGGCGUUUAUUGUUGUUGUCGUUAUUCAGGCUUUUACUUUAUCUUUUUACCACUUAACCAAAAAAAAACGUCCUGUAAGCAGUUAAGGCAGAAUGAAGCUGUAGUUCAGAUCUUUAUUUGGCUUUUUUAUCCGUGUGCCAUCCCCGUGUCAAUAAGGUUUCGAGCGAUGUCUGCCAAAGCUUGAGCCCGACACUUUGAACAGAUCCAGACUUAAAUGAUAGUCUUGUUGUGUAAUCCAAAGGAAUAUACACAAGAAAAUAAACUUAUAAAUCCAGGCUCAAACAUAAUCUUGGCAUGUGCACGCAGCUAAAGGAGAAAAAAGGAAAGAAUGAAUGAAAAAUGUGAAUAAAAUGAAACUCAAACUUCUCAUUUCUAGUUUAGUCAAAUGUUGUUUCAGAUUCGAAGCCAACCUGCCUGCUUCACCGUCAUGCACCCUGUCACUUUGCUUAUCUGAUCAAAUAUUCCUACCACCACAUUGCCUCAAUGUUUGACUAAAUAAUAGUUAAAAAAAACUGCAUCCAGGGCCAGACUCAAGGUGAUCCUCGAGUGAUCUUUUGUUGUGUACUUACACUAACUGUUGAGGACAGAGGUAGAUCUUUUUUUUUUCAAUGAACUAAGUAAACAGAGCUCAGUAAAAUGCAAAUUUGCUCAGGAAGCAGGAAAUAGUUUACACAAGGCAGGAAAUGUCAGCCGCUGGAUUUCCAAAAUGUCACUUUACAGGUUUUCUUUGAUUACCAGUCGUCUAUUAUUUUUUGGUGGUUUAGACUCAUCUUCUAACAAUCCUUCUGUCCUCCCUGAUGACCCAUCAGCCUCUUUCCUUUUCAAAUCGGAAAGCCCAUACUUAAUUUAUCUAGAUAUUUUCUGAUUGGUUGGCUGAAUGCAAAUAUGGUUACUUUAUCCAAAAAUAAAUGUUAGAAUUCCGGCAUCGUGAUCCGUCCCUCACCUCUCUUUGUGUUUCUUCCCUUUGCAGUCUCAGAUGCAGCAGCAGGUAGCUUCAGUGGGCAUGGUCCCCGGGGCUGUCGGUGUGUCGGCGGGCCCAACGGCCGACCCCGAGAAGCGCAAACUCAUUCAGCAGCAGCUGGUCCUGUUGCUCCAUGCACACAAGUGCCAGCGGCGGGAGCAGGCCAACGGUGAGGUGAGGGCCUGCACUCUGCCUCACUGUCGCACCAUGAAGAACGUCCUCAACCACAUGACCCACUGCCAGGCCGGCAAGUCCUGCCAGGGUGAGUGAAAUCUGCUUCAUAUUCAUGUGCUUUAAAAUAACUGGGAUGUUUCCAGGCUGGUUUGAAGUCUGCUACUCACAGAAUCAAACUCGUUCCCUCUCCUUUUUCUCUGCGCCAUGCUCGCCAUCCACAGAGAGCACAUAACCACACCUCCUUUUACAGGGAUCAUUGGCUGUUUAUGGGCGGGGACAUAUGCUGCUGUCAUUGAUUCAUAAACACAAACACGUGCAGACUUUCAAAUCUGAGUUUUCUGCCGUGUUAAUGAGUUCAGAAGGUUGAAAUCUGCGUCGAGAUUUACUUUCCUUUAUUUAGAUCAACGAUCUACCUUUCUUAUGUAAAACCACCUAAUUCUUAAACCCUUUAUUGCCUUUUGUAUCAUAUUUGAUACAUACUUUUAUGAUACUUCUAUCAAAUCAAUAAGAUCAACUAAUUACUAAAAAACACCUGAAUACAGUCCGAUCAAUGAUAAAAAUGUCCUCUUGUGGUUUAUCAGUUUUCCAGAAACAUCUAAUGUAUCAAACAAGAUAAAUAAAUAUAUUUGUUAAAUUUUAAGGACAUUAAGAUUUUUUUUUUUAAUUUUCAGUAGUAAAUGAAGUGAGCAUUUCAGCUCCAAAAAUUUUUUCAAUUUUCUGGCCAUAAUUUGUUGUUUCAGGCAUUUAAGGGUUAAUAAUGUAAAUCUCAGUUUUUGUGUUUUUGUCACUGAAAUAGAGCUGCUCCUCAAGGAAAUGCUCCUCUGACUGAACAUCAGCUAACAGGACUUGAAUAUUGUCUUGCUGGUUGUAAUUUCCCUUCCUGUCAGACCUGGCGGCAAGCAGCUUCCCUCUGACAGCUGUUAGUAGUGAGGUCACUCAAGGUUAAUGAACUUUGAACUCUGAUAUUUAUAGUGUUUAUAUGCGUAGUAGAGUGAAUGCCAGGUUUCCUUUAUGGUUUUACAGCAUGUAUAAUUGCUUUCUCAGUACUCAGCUGUUUGUUCAUUGUACUGUAGCAAGUGAAGGUUUUGUUUAACUACAACAACCACUUUUGUCUUGAUUGAAUCCGUGUAUUCUCUCUCUUAUUUUUCCCCAAAACAUUUUUUCAAAAUGCCAGAAACUUGUAGAAAUACUGACCCGUCCUUCCUGUCCUGUUUUUAUUUCUCCUCAGUGGCUCACUGCGCAUCAUCCAGACAGAUCAUCUCUCACUGGAAGAAUUGCACGCGGCACGACUGUCCGGUCUGCCUGCCUUUAAAGAACGCCAGUGACAAGAGAAACCAGCAGCGUGAGUGAUGGUGGUGUUACACCUGCAGCCUCCCUCUCUUUGUAGAUACCUCCAGACCAUAAAAAAUGAGUACAGGUGUAGGAGCAUUAGAAAUGCAAACAAUGGAUUGUUCUGGGGUAAAAAGUUUACAGCAUUAAACCUGUAACAUCAGGAUGGUUGUGCCCGAGCUGCAGCCUUGAGUCAGUGCUUGUGGGAUGAGGUGGUGCCACCUGCAGGCCGCGCAUCACCGCCACAGCUCUGUGCUGGCUCGCCGACUCCGAGCGCUCUCACAGCGAGAGGAUUCCUCCAGAAAGGCUGGGCCUGUAAUGUGACACCCAGGGGAGGGGCUCCAUGUCUGCUAUUAGUGGGGGCAGGGUCUGGGGACAGAGUGUGCUCUGAUUGGUCAAAGGGACAUAUGACGGAUUUAAAUCCCCCACAGAGGCAGCGUGCUCUCUGUCAGCAAUCAACACAGCAGGGAGUAGUGCAGGGCUUUACAAUAACGGCCUUCCAGAGAGGACGUUCCUCUUUCUGUUUGGAUAAAAAUUAUUUUAUUGAUACAAAUAAAAUGAGUGAUGUCUCAUAUUUAAGAAUAACUCAAUUACUUUUUCUAGAAUAGACUUUUUUAAGCCAAAUUUGACUAUAAAGAAAGGUGGUGUCGUUUAUAAAAAUGACUGAAAAAUGAAUGAAUCAUUUAACAAAGUCAAGACUGAAAAAUAUCACAACAUGACAGACGAACAGUGUUGGGAUAACAUGUCAAAAAAAAAACAAUCUAGUAGCUAAUCCAACUAGUGCCUGAGUGAGAUGUCAGCGCAAACACGGUUAACUUUACGGAAAUAGUCCCGUUAUUUUGAGUUUUGGGGCCAAAAGAAGAAGAAAACCGUCACAGCGAGAUGUACGCAGCUCCUGGAGGACAGACGCUUGUCAGCUGUUAAGAACCCUCACUUCAGAUUUGAAGAAGAGAUCAAACUUGACAAAGCUCGGCUGUGCAUCAAGGGGAGGAAAGAUACGGGUGGUUCUGGAGCUCUUGGUUGAAGUUCAAAUAAAUGGUCACCCAGAGGAAAAUGAUAGAGCUGGUUCAGCGGUGGAGGGUCUGUCUUUUACUCCACUGACAAUAAGACUAAUUCAGAGGUGUUACUUCUGUUAGUAACAGUGCAGUGUAGAAAGUCACCGCUGAAUGACAACAGUCUGCUUUUAUAAGAAAUGUAACAGCCCUACUUUCUGUUGUCAAGAUGAGUUUCAUGGUUUUUAUUUGAGAAUGAUUUAUCACCUGAGGUCUUUUUAGUGGGGUGGUUUUCAUAAUUGUUAUUACUAAGUUGGAUAAUCUACAAAAACAUGACAUGCGGCUUUUACUUUGCACAUUAAAAGGAUUUGAUUAAACGCUCCCUUUGCCAAACCACUCAUUUCUUCUCUUUUCCUCCCGGUUUAGCCUUGUUGAACUCCCCUGGCGCUAGUCUGCAGAACGCCAUCAAUACGGUGGGUCCCGGCCAGCCCAGCGCCACAGCCAUCAACAGUGCUGCCACAAACAUCGACCCCAGCUCCAUGCAGAGAGCUUAUGCUGCCCUCGGCCUGCCGUAUGGGAACCAGUCCCCUGGCCAGGUCCAAGGACAGGGUCCUGGUCAGCAAAACCCCCAGGGUCCGGCGCACCAGCAGCUACGAAACAUGAACCCACUCGGUAAGAACCAGAUGAGACUUGCUUCUGCUAGAGGGGAUUACAAACAAAGUGUUGAAAAUACCAUCAAUCUGCUGCUAAGCCAUUUUCUGAUAAACCCCAGUAAAUGGUAAUGUGGGUUUUAACAGGCACUAAUCAGAUGAACCAGAUGGCAGGAGGCAUGGGUGUCCCCUCUUCAGACCAGUCUGGCAUGCACUCUGACUCCUCUCUACCAUCCUCACUCAGCAAGUAAGAAUUCUGCUUUUGAAAACAUCAUAUAAAAACAGAAUCAAGUUCAGUAAUCUUGAUUAUUCGAGUUGAUUCAUUGUAACUGUCUUGUACAUUGAAUUAUCAUUUCAUAUUAAUAUAUUAUAACGUUUGUUUCUCUCUGUCCUUUAGUCAGCUGAUGCCUGAUGGGUCCGUAGCGGGUGGCAUGGGGAACAUGCCCGCUGCCACCCCUCUCUCUGCUUCAGGGGUACGAAAGGCCUGGCACGAACACGUCACUCAGGACCUGCGCACCCACCUGGUGCACAAACUGUGAGUCCAGCUUUAUGUAAUAACUACUCAAAAAAAAAACAUCAGAAACUGGCCGACAAAGUCAUUGCUGAGUGUUUAUUUCUUCUCUGAUUUCAGUGUACAAGCCAUAUUCCCCACCCCAGACCCUGCAGCCUUGAAGGACAGGCGGAUGGAGAACCUGGUGGCGUAUGCGCGAAAGGUGGAGGGCGACAUGUAUGAGUCAGCCAACAGCAGGGUUUGUGUUUGACCGUUCUUUUGAACCGGCUAGUUUCAGCGAUUACUUUAACUAUGAAAUCUGAUCCUUUGAACCAAGUCUUUUAUAAAGUCCUUUUCGUUGUUUCUCAACAGGAUGAAUAUUACCACUUCCUGGCAGAGAAAAUCUACAAAAUCCAGAAGGAACUGGAGGAGAAGAGACGCUCGCGGCUCCAGAAACAGCCCGGCAUGGUGGGCACACCUGGGCCUCAGCAGCCUGGCAUGGCUCAGCCUAACGCCAUGGGCCCGGGACAGGCCGUCCGACCCCCCAGUGAGUAGCCGAACUUUUAACCGUCAUUUCUGUGAAAUAUAGAUGUGGAGAAGCACUGAGGAUGUUCAAACUCUGUCCUGUUUUACUGCUGUUUCAGAUGGACCUGUGCCUAUGCCCAACAUGCCAAAUCAGAUGAUGAACCGAAUGCAGGUGCCCCAAGGUAUCCGUGACAACGUUAAUGAUGGAAAUAGUAAAAAAUAAGAGUAAUGAUAGGCUUUAUUUAUUUAUUCUCCUACAGUAAAACACACCACACUCGCUCUUCUGUUCUCAUCAGUUUCAAUAAUGAAGUGAGUCUUAGUUUGCUGGGCCUCCUCAUUAUGUUACCAAUCGAAUGCAAAGCUAUGAAGCUGGUUCAGGGCCUCAGCGAGCCCAUUAGGGGAUGGAAUAUUGAAUUACUACUCCCAAGUAUAUUAAACAGGUAUAUAAUUGUGUUUGUGUGUUUCUGCUCCCACAGGAAUGAACCAGUUUAACCCAAUGGCGAUGCAAAAUGCGCAGAUGUCUCAGGCACCACUGGGAGCGCGUGCUCCCUCCCCGAUGAACCAUCCACAGCAGAUGAACAUGAGCUCCGUCCCACCGGUUCGAUCACUCUCCUCCAUCUCUCCUCUCUCUUUAAACAGUCACUUAUCCAACGCUCUCAGCCUUCAUCUUGAGUAUCUCUCAUUUCUGUCAGCAUUAAUAUUAUUUCAUUUCACAAAUUAUUCAUCUGUAUUUCUCCGCUUUUUAUUUCUCAGUCACUCUCCGGUUCAUCUCUCUAGUGAUCCUGCUUCACUUAAAAGUCUUUAGCGGACUAUAUUUUCUUAGUUUUUUUACCAUUUGGCAAAUGCUCCCUGCUCUUGACUCAGUGUUCAAUUCAGUUUAUUUCAUGUAUCGGAGGUUGAAUUCUGGAGGCCUGCUGCCGUAUUGAUUUUGUUCUCCUGUGUUCUUUCUCACAGAUGGGUAUGUCCCCAUCAAGGAUGCCUCAGGCUCAAGGAAUGAUGGGUAGUCAUGCUAACAACAUGGUUUCUCAGCCGGCCAACCAGGGGCAGUUCAUGCAACAGGGCCAGUUUACAGCUGCAGCAGGUGGAGCCAUGAAUGUGAAUGUAGGCAUGGGCCAGCCCAUAACUCAGCCUGCUGUCACACAGGUGAGAGGAUUUGUGCUCGACUUGCUCUUGUAUGCGUACUGAGUAUUGGUAUGCUGACCGUGCCUCCCCCUUUGUUCCAGCAGCAGAACUCUAACCUCCCACUGAAUUCACUGGGAUCCCUUGGCUCCCAGAUGCCCUGUGGCACUUCAGUCCAGACCCCCCUGGGCCCCACCCCUCCACCCAAUGCCUCUGCCAGCUUGCAGCCUCAGCAGCAGCAGCAACAGCUGCAGCAUCAUGCUUCUGCACAGGCCCAGGUCCCACCGCAGCCCUCCACCCCUGCCUCCACGGGUGGGCCCUCAACCACCCCAACCCACAUACCCAAUAGUCUCCCUGGCCCCCCCUCAGCCAGGAGCUCGACCCCUGACCCCUCCCAGCCUCUCACACCCAUCCAGCCCCAGCCAGAACCCCCCAGCCAGAUGCAGCAGCCCACUUCAGUGCAGGCGCAGCACCCCAGCACACCGGUGAGGAUCUACUGAUGUGUCCUGGUGCUUUUGUUAUGCUAGCUGCUUCACCUGCUCCUGUAGUAGAUUACCAUGCUACUGACCCAAAAAAAAGAACCAAUGAAUGCUGACCCAUGACGUCAACAUAUUUAAAAAUAUGUAUAAACAUAUCAGCAGUUUGAUCACUGAGAUUUUUCUUCUUCUUCUUCUUCUUUUAAAAGUUGUCUCAGGCAGCAGCAAGUAUAGAUAACAGAGUGCCAACCCCAGCCUCAGAGGCUGAGCUGAGCUCACAGCAGGCCCUGCCAGACAUGAGCAGCACUGAUGCCAAAACUGAAGUAAAAGAUGAAGAAGACGAGAGCAACUCUGGACAGAAGCAGACCGAUGUAAAAAUGGAGGUAUGUUGAUAACAGUCCGCUACAAACAACGAACUCUUCCAAAGACGGUGAAGUUUAUCCCGAACUCCUCACUCACAGUCGCUACUUGAUGGAUUUCUGACUCAGCUGGUUGAUCAUGGUUGUGUUCGUACAGCAGGAUGAUGAAACCAAACCCCCUCUGGUGAAGAAGGAGGAGCCAGAUGCAGCAGAGCCAAAGCAAGAACCAAUGGAAACUGAGGAGAAGAAGCCGGAGAUGAAGACUGAACCCAAAGAAGAGGAGGAAAAUGGGGCCAACAGCACGUCAGCCUCCUCUACCGCUCAGAGUCGCAAAAAAAGUGAGACCAGAUCUUACCUGUGUGAAAAAAUCCAACCAUGACUUAAAUAGAAAAUCAAACUUUUCGUAUUUUGUUCCUUUUCUUACUUUGAUUAUUUUUUUUGUAGUUUUCAAGCCAGAAGAGCUGAGACAAGCACUAAUGCCAACUCUUGAGGCCCUCUACAGACAAGGUCCAGAGUCUCUGCCUUUCAGACAACCUGUAGACCCCAUGCUUCUGGGUAUUCCUGUAAGUGACUAAUUUUGACAUUUAAAACCACUUCAACUUUCUUUUUUUUAGUGAUUAAAACAGCUUCUGUUUAUACUUUAAGAAGAGGUUUACUUACUCCUGCAUGUAUGGUUAUAGGACUACUUUGACAUCGUGAAGAAUCCCAUCGACCUAUCCACCAUUAAGCGAAAGCUCGAUACCGGGCAGUACCAGGAGCCGUGGCAGUAUGUGGACGAUGUGUGGCUGAUGUUCAACAACGCUUGGCUGUACAACCGCAAAACGUCUCGCGUCUAUAAGUAUUGCACCAAACUGGCAGAGGUGUUCGAAGCGGAGAUCGAUCCCGUCAUGCAGGUCCUGGGUUACUGCUGCGGUCGGAAGGUGAGAGGACAGGAUGUAAACUGAUCUCGAACAGCGUAUUUCUCUCGUCAGCUCAUGUGUAUCUUUACCCGCGUACCUGAAUCAAACUUGUCCAUAAAGCGUCCAAAUUUCUCUCAUGUUUCUACAGUAUGAGUUUUCACCUCAGACGCUGUGUUGCUAUGGCAAACAGUUGUGCACCAUCUCCAGGGACGGCACCUACUACAGCUACCAGAACAGGUAAAAGUUCCUCCUGAAACUGCUGAGAGGUAAAAGGGUUUAAAAAAGAGAUUUAAUGGAAGAACGGCGCACAGCUUCAACUGUGAGGAUAACAUGAGACUGAAAAUAUUAAAAUUUAACCUGUUAAAGGUUUUAAGUGGUGCCAGAAACAGGACUGAUAUUUCUACAUGGUGGCUGAGCACAUGUGAAUGAUCGAGCCCUGUGUUCUCCUGAAAUGUCAGUUGUGCCGAAGAAUCAGCACAGAAGCUCCCCCUGCUGUGCAGACUUGUGUACUGCAUCUCAAUAUCAAUCCAAUGCAACACUAUCCAAAAGGUGCACAUGCUCCUGAGACACUCACUCAGGUGUCUAAAGGUGUUGGAAACUCUUUUUUUUAAAAAUGUCUGAAUCAGGAUAAAACUACUCCAACAUUUUCCUGCAUGAGUCAAACUUUUAUCUGCAUCAUCAGUUGUCCCGUCUCUCAUUUCCAUGUAGUUCUGUCAUCAGCAUGUUUAUUGUGUCGUUUCAGUGUGAACAUUCAUCUGAUGUUUACUUUCAUUCGCCUUUGUUUACAUUUAUUUUCAGCCUUUUUUCCUCUGUCUCUGUUUCAGUUUGAAUGAGCGUGACUGGAACAUUUCAGUUUUGACUAACCUGUUCCUCUGCCUGUGUGUCUGUGUGUGUGCACGUAUGUGUCGGGUCGUCCAUUCACUGCCCAUGUCCUUCUUGCCUCCAUUUACUCUGCAUUCUUCCGCCUGUACGCCGGUUUUCCUGUGCUGCUACUGUCUGUGCUGGCUGCAGCUCACCCAAAUAUGGCCUUGUUGCCGACAGGUAUCACUUCUGCGAAAAGUGCUUCAAUGAGAUCCAGGGCAACAGCGUGACCCUGGGAGACGACCCGGCGCAGUCGCAAACGUAAGUCAACCUGUGGCCGAACCCCCCCGCUUGAUGAUCAUUCGACUAUCUCUCUCUCAUCUUUAUUCUCACAACAUGAGUGCAUCCCAUUUUAAAAAAGUUUUAAAUCUCCUUUGGUGCAGGAUGAUAUCGAAAGAGCAGUUUGAGAAGAAGAAAAAUGACACGCUGGAUUCUGAACCGUGAGUACUACUUUGGUUAAAGACUCAGUUUAACCCAGAUUUAACCCAGUUUAUUAAAACUGCAAUUUCUAUUUCCAGGUUCGUUGAAUGUAAAGACUGCGGACGAAAGAUGCACCAGAUCUGUGUUUUGCACUAUGAUGUCAUUUGGCCGUCAGGGUAAGUCUUAUCGAAGCAGAUACACCAUCCAUGUUUGACCUUAAUAGUGGUGAUUCACGAGGCAUUUGAAUUAAUCAGAGUUGAUGCCGAACGACAGUAUUAUCUUCUUCCUUCUAGCUUUAUCUGUGAUAACUGUCUGAAGAAGUCUGGAAAAUCAAGAAAGGACAACAAGUUCUCAGCCAAAAGUAUGUCCUCUCAAACAGUAAAGUUCCUUCAUUAAACAUUGUAAAAGUCUCUUCUUUUAUUUGUAUCAUUAAUGAUGUGUUUUAAUCUUUUUUGACAGGGUUGCAAACUACAAGGCUGGGGACGUAUAUUGAGGAAAGAGUAAACAAGUACUUGAAAAGGCAGAACCACCCGGAGGCUGGUGAGGUGUUUGUGCGAGUGGUGGCCAGCUCUGACAAGACUGUGGAGAUAAAGCCUGGCAUGAAGUCAAGGUGAGACUCAAACCUGCGCGAAAAAGGAUCUUUAUGUUGUCUCUUUUGAUAAUUAUUUUGCAUUUCAUACGCAUUCAGUCUCGAAAAGUGAAUGAAGUCAAUGUAUAGAGAGAGAGGGCGGGUGCAAUUUAAGUGCUCAGCUGGAUCAGAACCAAUGGCAUUACCAUCAUUUACUCGAUAUCUUAAGAUGUGCCAGCCUCAUCAACACUUAAACUCGAUAGAUUUAAAUGUGUUAAAAACAGAAUAAUUAUUGUAGAUGUCCUGUUCCCACCAUUCAUCUCAAGAGCGAGGCUAUUAUGAAUUUACGUAGAUUAUCAGGCUUGCAUGCUAAUCUAAUUUUACCUACAGGAUAAUUAUCCAUUUAAAAAGUAAGUCUAAACCUCCCAGGUGGCUAACAUUUCUGGAUCGUGCUUCUUUGUCCAGGUUUGUGGACUCAGGCGAGAUGGUAGAUGGCUUCCCUUACAGAACCAAAGCACUUUUUGCAUUCGAGGAAAUAGACGGUGUGGAUGUCUGUUUCUUUGGCAUGCACGUCCAGGAAUACGGCUCAGAGUGCCCCUUUCCAAACACAAGGUAAAUCUCCAACCUUUAAAAUGAACACGUGAUCUCUGCAAUCAUGAAAGUUUUAAUAUUUGGCUCUUUUAAAAAAAAAAAAUCAUUAAACAAAUUGUGUUUACUUUGCAGACGGGUUUACAUAUCAUACCUCGACAGUAUUCACUUCUUCAAACCACGUUUGCUAAGGACUGCAGUGUACCAUGAGAUCUUAAUAGGUUACCUGGAGUAUGUGAAGAAAAUGGGGUAAGUUGGACACCGAGUCGCACUUUUCAGCUUCACUGCUGAUUCCUUCAAGCGCUCACUGCUAACUCUUGACCCUCAGGUAUGUGACAGGCCACAUCUGGGCCUGCCCACCCAGUGAAGGAGACGACUACAUUUUCCACUGUCACCCUCCUGAUCAGAAGAUCCCCAAACCCAAGAGGCUCCAGGAGUGGUACAGGAAGAUGCUGGACAAGGCUUUUGCCGAGAGGAUCAUACAUGACUACAAGGUAAGACUCUCUCACGAUGCAUCUGCUACAUAAUAUAGUUAAAACUCUGAAAGUUUUACAACUUAAUCUUUUAAAGUGAUCAAAUUAAACUCUGGAUUUCAUGGUAGAAGUUCUCUAUCGUUGUGUCUUACCAGUGUGGUCUGAAGUCGUGGUUUCAGGGCACAUUGGUGUAACAGUGCAGCUUUUAUUUGACUAACAAAUCCAAAAGCCGGAACAGUUCUUCUCCACCUCCAAGAAUUGUUUCAUGUUUUUUAUAUGGACUUGAAAAUCCAUUUGAAAUGCACAAUAAUACAAGUUUGAACAUGGUAUUUCUCAGAUGUUUUCUAGCUUUAAACUCUGUGGAUCUUGCCUUUAGGACAUUUUCAAGCAGGCGACAGAAGACAGGCUGACCAGUGCCAAUGAGCUGCCGUACUUUGAGGGCGACUUUUGGCCUAAUGUCCUGGAGGAGAGCAUCAAGGAGCUGGAGCAGGAGGAGGAGGAGAGAAAGAAGGAGGAGAACACUGCCUCUUCUGAUACACCAGAGGUAUGUGAGAUGGAUGGGCAGACCCAGCAGUUUGAAGUAUUUUUUCUGUAGGAAUGCUCUUAUUAUGCCAAAAUCAACAGCCCUAGACAGCAAAGACCGCUAUUUUACCCCGGAUUUUUCACAUGCCCAGUAAAUACAAGCUUCUAUCUUCGACUCCAGCGAUGUUUUACCACUCCGCUUAAUUGCAUAAUCUUCAUCUUGCCUGUUGUGCAACAAUCCCCGCUGCUUUAAAUUCAUGUUUAUCUUUUCUUCAAGGGGGCUCAGGCGGACAGUAAGAAUGCCAAAAAGAAGAAUAACAAGAAAACCAACAAAAACAAGAGCAGUGUCAGCCGAGCCAGUAAGAAAAAGCCUGGGAUGCCGAAUGUUGCAAACGAUCUGUCCCAGAAGCUCUACGCCACGCUGGAGCGGCACAAGGAGGUGAGAGACUUAAUUACAGGCUAUUAUUUAUAAUUAAAAGUUUAGUUUCUGACAAUAUUUGAACAACUAUUCGUUUCUUCAGCACUUGAUAUUUUAAUGAAUAAUUGCUGGGUUCAUACAACAAGAAUCGGCCUUUUUAAUCCUCACAUUUCCCUCUUUCUUCCUACCAGGUAUUUUUCGUUAUCCACCUCCAUGCCGGGCCAGUCAUUAACACCCUGCCCCCCAUCAUUGACCCCGAUCCUUUGUUGACCUGCGACCUGAUGGAUGGCCGUGAUGCCUUUCUGACUUUGGCCAGGGACAAGCACUGGGAGUUUAGCUCACUGAGAAGGUGCAAAUGGAGUUCAAUGUGUAUGCUGGUCGAGCUGCACAACCAGGGCCAGGAUCGCUUUGUGUACACCUGCAACGAAUGCAAGCAUCAUGUGGAGACACGCUGGCACUGCACUGUCUGCGAGGUAAAGAACCGUGUCCAGAUAUGUCUUGAAAUCAUUAGCUGCGAAGAGUGUUGGUUUAAUCUUUAUGGUGUCUUCCUUAUUUAUCAGGACUACGACCUUUGCAUCAACUGCUACAACGCCAAGGGCCAUGAGCACAAGAUGGUGAAGUGGGGCCUGGGUUUGGACGACGACAGCAACGGUCAGGGAGGAGAGGCGUCCAAGAGCCCUCAAGAGAGCCGGCGUCUCAGCAUCCAGCGCUGCAUCCAAUCCCUCGUCCACGCUUGCCAGUGCCGAAAUGCCAACUGCUCCCUGCCUUCGUGCCAGAAGAUGAAGAGGGUGGUUCAACAUACCAAAGGCUGCAAACGCAAGACCAACGGUGGCUGCCCUGUGUGCAAGCAGCUCAUUGCUUUAUGUUGUUAUCACGCCAAGCACUGUCAGGAGAACAAGUGUCCUGUUCCUUUCUGUCUCAACAUCAAGCACAAACUCCGCCAGCAGCAGUUGCAGCACAGGCUCCAGCAGGCUCAGAUGAUGCGCCGCAGAAUGGCUACCAUGGCGGGAAGGGGUAUGCCCAUGCCAUCCCCACCUACCUCAGCUGCCCCUGACACCCCAAACUCUGUGCAGCAGCCUAAUACACCCCAGACCCCUCAGCCUAUGCCCAACCAGCCCCAGCAACAACAGCCAAACAACCCCGUCAAUAUUGCCCAAAGCUUCCCUAGUAACGGCCGGAUUAGCCAGCCCACUACACCUGUGUCACAGGGCAAACCAGGACCUCAGUCAUCUCCUCUCCAUCAGCAGCAGUCUCCUCUGCCAAACAUGCCCCAUCAACAGCAGCCUCAGUCUCAGCCGCCACAGCAGCAGCAGCAGCAGCAACAGCAGCAGCAGCCAUUGCUGGCAGCCCUGAAGGUGGCCAAACAGAUUGAAAUGGUGGCCAAGGCGAAGCAGCAACAGCAGCAGCAGCAGCAGCAGAAUUACGCCAUGAAUGGAAUGCCCAUGAACCACCCUCGGAUGAUGGGGCCCAUGCAGGGUCAGAUGCAGAUGAUGCAGGGGCCCAGGGGCCCACAGGUAAUGCAGGCUAUGCAGCAAGGCCAGUGGGGUCCAGGAAUGCAGAAUCCCAUGCAGAAUCCCCAGGGUCAUCAGCCACAGGUCCCUCCUCAACAAGGCCCUAUGGCCCCUCAGCAGGCUCAGGGAACUCCCAUGCCACAACAGGGCCAGCUCAUGCAUAGACCCAUGAUGCCCCAGCAACAGGGUCUCCAAAUGCCCGGGGUCAUGCCUCCCCAGGGGGCGCCGCAACAACAAAACAUGCCAAGAGGGAUUCCUAGUAACAUUGCGCCCAGUGCCCUGCAGGAUUUGCUGCGCACCCUAAAAUCUCCCAGUUCGCCCCAGCAAAAACAACAGGUCCUCAACAUCCUCAAGUCAAAUCCCCAACUGAUGGCCGCCUUCAUUAAACAGAGGACGGCAAAGUAUCAGGCCAACCAACCGCAGCAACAGCAGCAGGGGCAGCAGCAGAACCAGCAGGCCAUGCUUGGGCCCCAGGCUGGAAUGCAGGCAAUGGCAGCCAUGGCAAACCAGGUGAGGCCAGGUAUGGCACCGCAGCAGCAGCCACCUCAACAGACAGGGCCUCAAGGCAUGGCAGCUAUGGGCCCCCAAGGCCAGAUGAUGAAUGCUGCUCAAAACGGCAAUCCCCAGUUGUACCGCAGGCAGCAGAUGCUCCGAAUGCAGCAGAUACAGCAGGCGCAGCAGCAGGCGCAGCAGCAGCAGCAGCAGCAGGGGGGCAUGCCUCAGGGUCAUGGUCAGUUCUCUCAACAGCAGCCAGGGCCAGCGAGCUACUCCCAGCUCCGUAUGCAGCAGCAAAUGGCUAUGCAAGGAGGUGGGGGACCUAUGGGACAGCUUCCCCCAACCUCCCAAAUGGGACAGCCUGGCAUGGGUAUGGACGGACCUCAACACCUCAUCCAGCAGCGCAUGCUUCAACAGCAACAGCAGCAGCAGAUGUUAAAGCAGCAGAUGGGAUCCCCCGCGCAGGCUAACUCGAUGAGUCCACAGCCCCACAUGCUCCAAGGUCAAGCCCCAGGUGGAGCUCACUUAGCUGGCCAGACUAUGGCGAACACCCUGGGAAACCAAGUACGCUCCCCGGCACCAGUGCAAUCCCCUCGUCCACCUUCGCAGCAACCCCCGCAUUCAAGUCCCUCCCCGCGUAUACAGCCGCAGCCCUCGCCUCAGCACGGUGCCCUACACUCCAGCUCCCCUCACCCGAGCCUCGGGGGCCCGAUGUCAGGCUCUAUGGAGCAGGGACAUAUGGGGACACCGGAGCAAAAUGCCAUGCUCCCACAGCUGAACACACCAAACAGAGGGGGUUUGGGGAGUGACAUGGGUAUGGUGGGUGACACGACGGGAGACACGCUGGAAAAAUUUGUUGAAGGAUUGUAGCAUUAGUGACAGAAGAAAGGCCUUGUUCUGUUUUCAGCGGAAACGUUUUUAUACUUGCUGAUGUAAAAAAUCAAAAAGAGUUCAAACAAACGAGUCAUAUGAGGCCUAAGACUGUGAACUUUCCUGAUACCAAGGGACUGCUUUUCUUCCAACACAGAGUGAAUAAUAAUUGCUGUUGAAAAGAAUACGACAAAGACACAAAGAAUAUAUUUUUGGUUCAGACCAGCCAUGCAAGAAUUUGCCUUGGUCUCUGUGUUAUUUUCAUUUGUUUUUCAUUUGUUAUGCUCUGGUAUUUACUUUUUUUAAACAAACUUCUCAAAACAAAAAUAUUUCAUUUUAUUAUUCUUUUAUUUUAUUUUAUACCUUUUCAAAUUAGUAUCAUAUUUGUGUUGAGAAGACUGUAAAGUUAUUUGUCUGGGAAUUUUUUUUUGCCAGGUUUCACCUCUUGUUCAGUUUCUCUGUUCCCUGGCUAAUUUAUUCUAAUAUGCCAUUUUACAAAAAGGACUGCCUUUGGGAAAGCCUUAAUUUCUUUCCAGUUCGCAGAGUCUAUGGGAGAUUAACACAUUUGUAUAGAUCUUGGCACUAUUGCACACACCCAACACAGAAGGCAGGUGUGAGGAAAACCUGCGUUGAAGCUUGUUCAUGUUCACAGGUGCCGGAAUGUUCUUUUCGCUGGCUUGGGUCCAGUGUUUUGUCUUGCAAAUGUUUAAAUAAAUGCUUUGUCUCUCCCUCUGUCUACAGAAAUUCUCAUGAGAUCCUAAACUGUAGAAAGUGGUUCAAAUGGCUCAUUUCGUACUUAUAUACCAUAUUGUUAAAUAAACCUGUGUGCCACAGA